AGCAGUCAUGCGUUGAAUACACGUAAGCUAACAUGACCAGAGCAGGAAGGGAAAUAAUGCAGUGGAUAAACAGUAACAGGACGAUUACACGUCGGGUUUUCUUCGUAUGAAUCAAGACAUUUAACCUGUUACGGUCACUUGGCAUCUUAAAGUUGCUUCUGUUGCCAUCUUCACCCCACUGACCCUGAUACAAGCUGAUAUUAUUCGUGGAGGUCUUUGCUGACUACUGCGGUGGCGGGGCUGGAUCACGCAGCUCAGGAAAAUGGCAUCACCCUUCGUGCCUGUCCCUGUGCCGCUGGAAAGAGUCUUAUCGGGAGGUAACAACAAGAUGCGGCGGCCUCAGCGAGCAUCAUCUCUGGGCAGCGUCUCCAGCAGCUCGGAGUCGUCGUCCUCUCUGAGUAGGAUGACUGGGGAGGACCGCAGUCGAGGGCGACAGUCCCGAUGCAUGGACAGAGGCGGGCGGAGCCGGACGCCCCCGCCCCUCCAGAGUCCCACAACACGGACCAGGGUGAAUGGAACUCUUGAACCUUCUGUAGAAUACUCCACCUGCCCACGCUCGAUGUCGGAUCCUGCACAGAGUCAGCAAGAUGAAGAAAGACCCAUUACUCCCACAGUGCUGGGCUAUGAAGUCAUGGAGGAAAGGGCCAAGUUCACGGUAUACAAGAUCCUGGUCAAGAAGACUCCAGACGAGAGCUGGGUGGUUUUCAGAAGAUACACAGACUUCUCCCGGCUCAAUGACAAGUUGAAGGAGAUGUUUCCAGGCUUCCGGCUCUCGCUACCUCCCAAACGGUGGUUCAAAGACAACUACAACAGCGACUUCCUCGAGGACCGGCAGCUCGGUCUGCAGGCGUUUUUGCAAAACCUGGUCGCACACAAGGACAUAGCCAACUGCCUGGCAGUGAGGGAGUUUUUAUGUUUGGAUGAUCCACCAGGACCCUUCGAUAGUCUGGAGGAGAGCAGAGCAUUCUGCGAGACUCUGGAGGAGAGCAACUACCGUCUCCAGAAGGAGCUGCUGGAGAAACAGAAGGAGAUUACAUCCCUGAAGAAAAAGCUCGAGGAGAAAGAGCAGGCCAUCUUGCUUUUAGAGAAGCAUAUCAACGGUGAGAGUGUGAGUCCAGAGUCGCCUUGUCGUCUGUCAGCUCAGGGAAGUGAGAGCAGCGCUGAUGCAGACGUGGAGUCAUCCGCUGCAGAGGCCGACCAGGAUAUGCCUGAUGAAACCGGUGGCAGAUGUGAGGUCCAGCCGGUUCGGUCCUCGGCCUGUUGGUGUGGACCGUCCCUCAGUUCGUCUCCGCCGGUCAUUCAGGUCACACAGCUGUACCACCACAACCUGGAUCCAUAAGACCUGGUCCUCCUGGUCUCACAUGUUCUACUCUUCUACUAAGUGGAACAGUAUCCAAUCCUCAUCUUUAUCUCUUCAUUUCAUCACUGUUACUGACGCCACACGGAGGACAAACCUGAUAUCUAAAGAAAAAGUCAUGGAAUUUUGGAGAAAAAGUCACAAUAUGUAAAGAAUCAAGAUUACAUUUUGUACGGAGCAUCGAAUAUCAAAACAAUCCGUUAUAAAAUCAGA